UCGCCUCUCUCAUGCCAACAUGAGCCUGAAGGUGGUAUUGUGCACUCUGGCGGCUGUUGUCGGGGCCGCUGAACUCCCGUCCGCAUCUUACUCCUACGACGCACCCAGCCAAGGUGGAGGAGGGUCACCAGGUACAGGCUUCGGAGGUUCAGCAGGCACAAGAUUCGGAGGUUCACCCGGUGCAGGCUUCGGAACCUCGGCUGGAACAGGCUUGGAAGGCUCAGCUAGUACAGGCGUAGGAAGCUUGGCUGGUACAGGCUCUAGAGGUGCACCUGGCACAGGUUCUAGAGGUGCACCUGGCACAGGCUCUAGAGGUGCACCUAGCACUGGCUUUGGAAGUUCAGCUGGUACAAGCUUCGGAGGUUCAGAUGGUACAGGCUACGUUGGUUCUGCUGGAACAAGAGCCAGAGGAACAACUGGCACAGGCAUCGGGAGUUCAGCUGGCACAGGUGUCAGAGGUUUAACUGGUGCAGGCUUUGGAGGUUUAGCCGGCUCAGGAAUCGGAGGUGCACCUGCUACUGGCUUCGGAGGUUCAGCUGGUACAGGCUUCGGAGGUUCAGCUGGUGGAGGCUUUGGAAGCUCUGCUGGUGCAGGCUUCGGAGGUUCAGCUGGUGGAGGCUUUGGAAGCUCUGCUGGUGCAGGCAUUAGAGGUUCAGCUGGUGGAGGCUUUGGAAGUUCUGCUGGUGGAGGCUUUGGAAGUUCUGCUGGUGCAGGCUUUGGUGGAGCUGGUAGUGGAAGCUCUCCUAGUGGAAGUUACAGCCCUUCAGGUCCUGUAGUCCCCAUCUUAACUGACGAACGUCAGGGACCUGAUCAAGCCGGCAACUAUAACUUCAACUUCGAGACUGGUGAUGGCAUCAGUCGUCAGGAGCAGGGCGCCCCCCAGGGCCCAACCGGCGCUGUAGCAGCUCAGGGAGGAUGGUCAUUUACUUUCCCCGAUGGAACUCCCGCUGUUUUCAGCUUCGUAGCAGAUGAAGGUGGUUAUCGUGUGGAAUCUGACCUGGUGCCCACGCCCCAUCCUCUUCCCGCCCACGCUCUCGCCCAGAUCGAGAAGGCUCGUCAGGAAGACGCUGCUGCAGCUGCUGCAGGUGGACGUGGAUCAUACGAUGCCUCAGGUUCUGCGUCUCAGUUUACUGGAGCACCUUCUGGAGGCUUCGGUGGUUCACCUGCUGGUGGCUUUGGUGGUUCACCUGCUGGUGGCUUCGGUGGUUCACCUGCUGGUGGCUUUGGUGGUUCACCUGCUGGUGGCUUUGGAGGUUCCACUGGAACAGAAUUUGGAAGUCCAACUGGUAGCUUCGGAAGUUCUACUGGAGGCUCUAUCGGUGGAGGUUUCAGCAGAGCACCUGGUGGAGGCUUAACUGCUGGAGCCUCUGCUGUAGCUCCCAGCAGGGUCUACGGCGCUCCAUGAGCAUCACUUGUACUGAUUUCCUAGUCCUACUUCUGUCAUGUCAGCUGAACCUCAGGUCAUCACACGGGAUCCAUUUAACUGACGUGACGUGGUCUAUACGCUUAUUACUUUUA